AUGCUCGCCUUUGGCACAGGGAGAUUCCCAUCGGGCAGCACCUGGGCUGCAGCUGGCGCCACCAGCGUCAGCAGCAGCAGCCGCAGCUCCAGCAGCGGCGGCGGCGGCAGCAGCAGCAGCAGCGGCGACGGCAGCAGCGGCGGCGGCAGCAGCAGCGGCGGCGGCGGCAGCAGCGGCGGCGGCAGCAGCAGCGGCGGCAGCAGCAGCAGCGGCGGCGAAAGCAGCAGCGGCAGCGGCCUUCGCGGCGGUGGCAGUGGCGGCGGCCGCCGCGGCGGCGGCAGCAAAGGCAGGGGCGGCGGCCCCCUUGUGACUGCUCAAGAACCUGCGCUGCACCAUCGCUCAAACGUGGCCACCACACGGUUGGCAGCUGGCUUCUUAGGCCCCUCCGCGUCCUACCAAGAUCGACCUGCGUCAAAGCCAGGCGCACGUCUGAUUCAGGGCACAGUCGCGGUGACGGCGGCUAACGCGCGCUUGGCGGUGCCGGCCUUGCAGUGCAGCCUAAUCGUGCUGCUGCUCGACCUGCUGCUGCUGCCCUGGCGCCUGGUUCUGCGCGGCGCCCUGCUUCUGCACGAGUCGCUGGGCCCCGCGCGCAUGCUGGCCCUCGUGGCCCUGUCCCCCGCGAUCUGCUCGACAUGGAGCGCUGUGGUCGUGCUCCUAGUCGUGCCAGCCACGCUCGCAACGCCAGUGAUGGCGCCAUGCCUCACCGUACUGCUGGUGGCGGCGGACUGCGCGUGGCGGGCGUGGCGAGCGGUGGCUGGGCGGGGCGCCCUGGAUUGCCCCUGCUGA